AUGGUUGCAGGCCGUCUGUCUAACGUAGUCAUGCAGUUUAACCACACUCCCCCAAAUUACGUUCACGCACUAUCUUCAGCACCAAGUUUUGGACCCGAAGAAGCUCAAACAACAACGACUUCCACAAUUGACACCACCGCCGAUCGAAUCACAAUGUUCAACUCUUACGGUCUAUUGCAUCUGCGGAGCGGGCAGUAUCGUCUUGCGGCCGAGAACCUCGACCUCUUUGUCAAGAUGUAUAAUUUUCUCAACGCAGAAGAGAUAUCUGCAAUUGCUACGGCUCAAAUGGAAGCCCGAGAAACCCUUCGACGCAAUACCUCCCUCCUCGGCCAAGCUCAUCAGGCCAUCGAACAAAUACAACUUCUUCUACGCGAACCUAAAUUCUCUUCAGAAGCCCGCCUUGAUCUUGAUGUGCAGCUCAAAAUCGCAAUUGAUGUUGGAUUCCUCGCUGCGUUAGAGAACUAUCAUAACCUCAACGGACAAUGCUCAGGAUCAACCAAAUGGACAAACAGCUCCAUAGAUUUGAGUCUUACAUUAAAGAACAACUGUUCUCUAUACCAACGGCCUGGCGAAAUUAAUCAACUAAUAUAA